UGGAAUUUCCAUUCAGGGAAUAAGUUCAUUCACGUUCACUCAUUUUCCGCUUUUCUUUCAGUAUUAGGUCAUUUUCACGUUUUCAGCGGAUGGAGAGCUGAUGCAAUGAAAGAGAUGUGCAUUAUGCGCGCAGUAUUAAAUUUAAAUUCAUACAUCCCUCGUGUCUUUUUAUGAUUAUGAUUACAAGGUUGUAAUAAUGUUUUCAGCCCGUCGUGCGUUCAUUGGAAUAAAACAAGUCACCCCGCUAAAAUUUCAAACAAGAAAGGAAUCAAUAUUUCGGCGCGGUGUAACAUUUUUUUUUAAGAAAAAUUUACUUUUUACGAAUAGCAUAACUUCUGGAGUAUGCAUGGUUUUUGGUGAUUUGGUGCAGCAGGAAUUUGAAUACCAAUCAAAAGUUUUACCAAACAGAUAUGACUGGGGAAGAGCAGCUAGAAUGUUUAUUGUGGGGACAGCGAUGGGGCCUUUACAUCACUACUACUAUGUUUACUUAGACAAAAUACUACCAAAAGUAGAUUUAAAAACAGUAUUCAUAAAGAUCUUCUGGGAUCAAGCACUUGCAUCACCAGUAACAUUAGUAACAUUUUACUAUGGAAUGGGGCUUUUAGAAACAAAAACAUGGAAGGAAUGUACAGCAGAAAUUAAAACGAAAUUCUUAUUUUCAUAUUUGGGAGAUUGUCUCUAUUGGCCACCUGUGCAGUUCAUAAAUUUUUAUUUCCUGCCUACACAAUAUAGAGUUUUUUAUAUAAAUGUAGCAACCAUGGUGUUUAACGUGUUUCUGUCAUUCAUGAAGCAUUAUGAUCAACAAUGACCUCAAAUGUGACUGUGAAAAUAUUAUGUAAAUAGUUUAGUUAUGGAAUAAUAUUUAAUAAAGAGUAUUAUAUUAUUAUAAUAUAUCGUAGAACAAUUUAAA